AUGGUCGAUAUAGUUGAUCUUGGCAGCGACUCAGAGAACGGCUCUCACAGGUCGGAAGGAGCAGAAGUCGCCACCCGUACUGGCACACCUCUGUCUGAUGUCAGUGGCAUCAUUGGCGAUGUCAGGGAGGAUCUUCUCAAUAGCCUUAAUGGCAUCGAGCAUGACGGGACUUUCUUUUCUUAUGCCCUACUUGGAGAUAUGUUCAAGGCCAUUGACCCCCUGAUCGAAGUCGAAGGCGUAGGACCCAUUGCAUUGCCAUUAGGCGAGGAACAAGCACAGGCAAUUGCAAAUGCUUCUCAUCAAGCAUCAUUCGGCAAGGGAACAGAUACAGUCAUAGACGCCAGCAUCCGGAACACGUGGGAACUCAAUCCUGAACGCUUCAACAUCACGAAUCCGAAGUGGGAACAGGAGUUCUUACCGCGAGUUUUAUCCCAUGUCGUGAAGGAUUUGGGUAUCACGUAUGGCCCUCAUCAUGUCAGUGCACAACUGUACAAAAUGUUGCUCUACGAGAAGGGAGCUUUGUUCAAAGAGCAUCAGGACACAGAAAAGGUCCCAGGUAUGUUUGGAACUCUUGUCAUAUGCUUACCAUCGCCGCAUGAAGGAGGCGAUGUGGAGAUGAGGCAUGGUAGUAUGAAAAAGAGAUUCUCGACUUCGACUGCUGGCCCUUCAUUUGUUUGCUGGUAUUCCGAUGUCAAACAUGAAAUAAAGGAAGUCACUGCCGGUUACCGCUGGGUUCUCACAUACAAUCUUGUAAAACCCAAAGCUUUCAUGCCAGAAUCUGCGGCAACAGCUCGAGCAAAUUCGCGCGCCCUCCGAGCCACUCUGCGAGAAUGGACUAACAAUAAUGUGCACCGGGGUCCUUCAGUCAACGCCGACUAUUACGUAUAUCUCCUCGACCACCAAUACACUGACGAGAAUCUCGGUUACCGCGCUCUCAAAGGCCGGGACCAGGCGAAAGCGGGAGCUCUCCAACGAGCCUGCGAAGAACUCGGGUUUCGCUUUUAUCUUUCAUCAGUGGAACAUAUGAGAUCCGGUGAGGUGGAUGAAGUGGAUCCCUAUGAUAGAUACGGUUGGGGAAACGAAACAGGCGAAGAUGGCGAGGGAGAUGAGGAGAGUGGCUUUCAUCCAAUCGUUGAAGAGUUGGACUCAUCCUUGACCCUCAAGCGUGUUAUUGACGACACGGGGGCUUUGGUUGCCGAAAAUAUUGAAUUUAGUGAUUCCGACAAAGUCAUCCAAGACUUUCCGUUUGACGAUUACGAGCCCGAUGAUGAGCAGUACGAGGCGUAUAUGGGCAACUCAGGGCCUUCUGCUACACAGUUUUACAGACGUACAGUGAGUACCUUGUUACCUCGCAGUUCGACAACAGCAAUAACUCAAAUCAUAGGCUUUUGUCAUAAUGCCCCGUAA